GCGCGCUUCGAAAUUCCUGACGGAAUGCAUCACCGAUUCGAUCCUGCGUUGUACGCGCAUCUGCCUUCCUACAUCCAGCCUUUGCCAGAUGAUGAGGUUUGGGUGCCACCCUUCCUCUCGCUUGGGGGUCGACACAAACCUCCUACGAGACCUGCCCCUCGAUCAGAUCACCGCGGCACGAGGAUGGGGCCGAUGUCCUCCCUCUUGGCGGAUCCCGGGGGGGGGAGGGUCUGAUCCUCUGCGACUACACUUGUCCCCGAGUUGCACAAUGGAUGCGUCGAGAACAGUUCCCGUCGACCAUAGCAGUCGCUCGCAAGGUGGGGUGUCCGUGACAAUGCAGGAUGCCCGUGAAGACGGAGCGGUGACACAACGGCCCCCGAUGUCAUCAUCCGCAUGCAGGGUGAGCCACGCCGUUUCGCCGUCCUCCUUUGAUCCGGGACGAUCGCCACUGACGCACAACGGUCCUGCGGGAACGGUGACGAGAGCGAGUGUUGCGGAGUCCCCCCAGGUGAUUGAGAGGAUCAUAGCGAGGUAUUCGAGGAUGCGUACCGACGUUCAAGCGGAUGACGGAGGUGCAAAGGGGGCAGAGGCUGAGGAAGUGGCUGAGGGGGAGUGCACGGAUGUCGAGGACGAAAGCGAGGAGGAUGACGACGUUCUGCUGAAGGAAGUCACACCGAAGACCACGAAGAAGAAGACAACGAAGAGUCGUGGGAAGUCGAAGGCGAGAGACGGUGGAGGUGAUGGUGAUGGCGCGGCGGGUGGAGGAAGGAACUCAAAGAAUUGGGAUUUGGACGACUCGCUCCUCCUCGUCCGCUGCAAAAGGGACCUUGACGAUCACAUGGCCAGCCAGGGUAGCAACUUCGCGCGGAUGAAGACAAAGACGCAGAAAUGGAAUGAGAUAGCAAAUCGUAUGGCCCAGCAAGGGGUCACGAACAAAGAUGGAGAGUCGUGCAUGAAGAGGUGGGAGAACAUCUUCGGGUGGUACAGGAAAAUCUGGGAUAGGGAGAAGGACUCUGGUGUGCAGUCUUUUUUCCUGAUGACAUCGAAAAAACGCAAAGAAUUGGGGUAUAAAUUCGCGAUGGACCGACAACUAUACGACGUCAUCCACGCGAUAACACCCAACAAUCAGGCCAUACAUCCGCCUAAUUUGUGUGACACCGGUGGACUCCCUCCCCAGCAAGCGGAUGACAGUGAGCAGAGCCAGGCUAGAGGUGCGACAGUCGGUGGGGAAACGUCGGUGGGCAACAACAUGGAAAGGGAAUCGGCGGACGGCUAUGGAAGCAGGUCUUCAGGGGGAAUGGCUGCGGGGAAGCGGAAGAACGCGCGGCAGCUCGCCUUCGAUGCUGUGACGGACGUGAUGAAGACCCAUCCGACGUUCGUCGUUGAUUCUGUGGAUCGUGCUAGCAAGCGCCAAUGCGAUGUGCUGCAACGACAAUGCGACAUCAUGGAAAGGGAGGCGAGGAUGCAGGAGAAACAGUGUGACAUGCUGGAUGCUGGUCAGCGCAUGCUGUGCGAUGCUCUGCUGAAGAUUGCAUCGGCGUUGGCUCAGAGUUGAUUGCAUUCGCCCCGGUGGACUGCGGAAAGC